AUGGCCUAUAUCGAAACCGGAACUGGUGAUCCUAUUGUAUUUCUACAUGGAAACCCCACCUCCUCCUAUGUGUGGAGAAACAUCAUUCCGUAUGUAUCGCAGUUAGGGCGCUGCAUUGCUCCUGAUCUAAUCGGAAUGGGCGAUUCGGAAAAGAUUUCAGAUCCAAAAUCACAUACGUUCGCCGAAAACAGCCGCUAUCUGGAUGCUUUUUAUGAAAAGCUUGGGCUUAAAAAGAAAAUAACGUUUGUCGUGCAUGACUGGGGUUCGGCAUUGGCAUUCGACUGGGCAAGCAGACAUCCUGAAGCCGUUAAAGGGAUUGCUUUUAUGGAAUCUAUUACCGUUCCCUAUAAAUGGGAACAGAUGCCUCCAAAAGGCAAAGAGAUCUUUCAGGCGUUACGCUCCUCUGCAGGAGAGAAAAUGGUACUCGAACAAAAUUCAUUUCUUGAAGUCAACAUUCCAUUAUCGCACCUCAUCCCGCUGACAAAAGAGGAGCAUGAUGAAUAUCGCAGACCUUUUCUUGUACCUGGAGAAUCACGCCGGCCUAUGCUCUCCUGGGCGCGUCAACUCCCCUUUUAUGGAGAACCCAGCGCAUUUACCGCUGUGGCCAGCAGGUAUACCGCAUGGUUAAAGAAAACCAGGGUACCAAAACUGUACAUUGAAGCCGACCCGGGA